AGCCGCCGCCCACUGAGCUGUGAGACUGCGACGCGUCUUGUCUCUUCCUAAACUGUAAUGAUCCGCGAUGGCAAGCAACACACACUUGACAUAUUGGAGAGCAGUGCGGCGCUGUGUGGGCGCGCGGAGUAUUCUGAUUAUAUUGGUGGUGUUGACAUCACUGUGCUGGGCUGUGGUGGUAGAGCAGCAAUAUUACGGUGCCACCAACGAUAUGUACACUAAUUUCGCCAUUACACAAUACGAUUCUGCGCCUCGGUUGCUGCAGAUCAAAGAUCUUGGCAAGGUUAAGAACGAUUCGUUUGUGUUGUGUCUUUACUUCUGCAUCACGACGCCAGGCUGCAAAGGCUUCGUUCAGAAAGUCGACGGAGAGAACCUUCUGUGCUGCCUUCAGGCCUUCGACAUAUGUUCUACCGAAAGCUACACUUUGGUGUACAAUGCAGAUGUGAGAUCAUACGAUCUACGCCCUAAGGACGACAAACUGCUGCCGCUGACGUGCCAGCAGCGCUGCCUCCUCGCCCUCCACGCCAACGCCUCCUACUGCUCCAAGCCUCCUGGCGAGGCGCUGCCUCACGCCUCCUGCCUGGCCUCAGGCGCUCCUCCAAAAUCCAGCUCCGACUGCUCCAACAACUCCGUGCAGCUGCCGUGCACGUCGUGUGGCCGCCCCAACUGUUGUGGCAUGAAGUGUGAGGUGUGUGCGAAGCAGUGUUGGGAGCUGCCGAUUCCAACAACGAAUCUGACAAGCGUGCAACUGUGGCCGAACAAAGUGUUGCGUUCGGUCGCGUGUGACGGAAUCUGGCAAGGCGUCAAUAAGCAGGAAAAUAAUCCCGAUAUGUUUACCGCAAAUGACAUGGAGUUGGCCCCUGACAAAUUCCUCUGGCUCAAAAUCAAAGUUUUUUAUGAAAAUGACGUGGAACUUGUGUCAUAUUUCGAUGGAAUUAACUUGACCGACACUAAUAGCUUGACAGUUGGGAACUACAUAGGCGGAAGUGCAGGUAACUACUGGCAGGCACCAUUUGACGGACGGGAAUUCUAUUUGAACUACACAAGUAACUGCGUACGGUUUUGGUACGCCUCCAAAGAAUGCUCCGCCGAAGGUAUCCGAACUUACCAACAACAAAUAGCAGCAAACGCUACCGAAAUAAGGAGAGGUUUCUCAUGGUACAGCGAGUGUCGUAAUGAUCUGCGUCAGGAGCGUGUGGUGAACAUUACUUACUAUGUGUCGGUGAACACAACCGCCUUGAGCGAAAAGAAACUUCAGGCCAACAGCUCCAACAAUUGCAGUCUGACUUAAUUCUCUAAGUAUGGAGGCAUUAACCAUCGUCAAUACAAUUCUCAUCUCGUAGCAUAGUAACUUGAGUAACCGUCACUCAGCCUUGGGCUUUUUUGAUUCUAUAGCAGAUCAUGACUUUGACCCUCAAUUUUGGAACAGACGAAGCUGGGCCAGUGAGACACAAUUAUUAGGAGAGAAAAUCCCUGUCUUGUUGCAACAAAAAUCAACAUCAAAGAACUGAUUGCAUGUAGUGUUAGUGUUGACGUGUUCUCUUAGGCAUUCACUAUUCAACACAUGUGAAAAGCACAAAUAAUGACAGAUUUAACUAUCUUAUCUCAUGUCAUUAACCUGUAACACUCGCAAAUA